AUGAAUAGAUUAUCAAAUAUUAUUAAAACUAAUCCUAUUUCAAAUAUUAUUAAGAGUUCAAAUAAAAGAUAUUUUAUUUCAACAACUAAUAAUAUAAAUAAAAUUUUAAUCAACAAUAAUAAAAAUAAUAAUUUAACAAAUAGUUCAUUGUUUUCAAAUUCAUCACCAUCAUCAUCAUUAUUUUAUCAACAAAUUAGAAAUUUUCAAGGAGGCAAUGGAGGAGGUCAACAACCACCACCACAAGAACCAUGGGUAUCACCUGAUAAUGUUCCACCAGGAGAAGCAUUAAAAAAGUAUACUAAAGAUUUAACAGAGAUAGCAAAGAGUGGUAAAUUAGACCCAGUAAUUGGUAGAGAUGAAGAAAUUCGUCGUACAAUUCAAGUAUUAAGUAGAAGAACUAAAAACAAUCCAGUGUUGAUUGGUGAACCAGGUGUUGGUAAAACUGCAAUUGUUGAAGGUUUAGCACAAAGAAUUAUAAAUGGUGAUGUACCAGAUAGUAUAAAGAAUAAACGUGUAUUGACAUUGGAUUUAGCAUCGAUUGUGGCUGGUGCAAAGUUUAGAGGUGAUUUCGAGGAGAGAAUGAAAUCGAUUCUAAAGGAUGUCGCACAUUUUAAAGGUGAAGUAAUAUUAUUCAUUGAUGAACUUCAUACAUUGGUUGGUGCGGGUGCAGUAGAGGGUGGUAUGGAUGCAUCGAAUAUGUUGAAGCCACAAUUGGCAAGAGGUGAUUUACAUUGUGUUGGUGCAACUACCACUGCAGAAUACAGAAAAUACAUUGAGAAGGAUCCUGCACUUGCAAGAAGAUUUCAAAGUGUUUUAGUUCAAGAGCCAUCGGUUGAGGACUCCAUCGCAAUUCUUCGUGGCUUAAAAGAGCGUUAUGAAGUUCAUCAUGGUGUUCGUAUAACUGAUAGUGCAUUGGUGGCUGCUGUUGUAAAUUCACAACGUUAUAUCACCGAUCGUUUCUUACCAGAUAAAGCAAUCGAUUUAAUCGAUGAGGCUGCAAGUCGUUUACGUCUCCAACAAGAAUCACUCCCAGAGGAGAUUGAAAAUUUAAAUCGUCAAAUUAUCGUAUCAAAGAUUGAAUUGGAAGCAUUGAAAAAGGAGAAAGAUCAAGUCUCAAAGGAACGUCGUGAAAAGUUAGAGAAGGAAUUGAAAGAAAAAGAUAAACAAUAUAAUAAACUCACUGAAGUUUGGAAGAAGGAGAAAGAACAACUUUCCAUUAGAAAAACUGCAGUUGAAAAAUUGGAUAGAGCAAAGAUUGAACUUCAACAAGCUCAAAGAAAAGGUGAUUUGGCAAGAGCUGGUGAGUUGGCAUAUAGUAUUAUACCACAAUUGGAGAAACAAAUUCCAAAAGAGGGUGAAGAACAAUCGAGUGAUAUUUCAAUGGUGAGUGAUGCUGUCACUGCAAAAGAUGUUGCUUUGGUAAUUUCGAAAGCCACCGGUAUUCCAGUUCAUAGUAUGCUCAUGGGUGAAAAGGAGAAACUACUUAAGAUGGAGGAUGAAUUAGGUUCACAAGUAAUUGGUCAACCAGAGGCUGUCACUGCCGUAAGUAAUGCCGUUAGAAUUAGUCGUGCUGGACUCCAUAGUCAUAGUCGUCCAUUGGGCUCCUUCUUAUUCUUGGGUCCAACUGGUGUUGGUAAAACUCAACUUUGUAGAACUUUGGCAGAAUUCAUGUUUGAUAGUCCAAAUGCUUUGAUUCGUAUAGAUAUGUCUGAAUACAUGGAGAAAUUCUCUGUAAGUAGAUUAAUUGGUGCUCCACCAGGUUAUGUUGGCUAUGAAGAGGGUGGUACAUUAACUGAAGCUGUACGUAGACGUCCUUACUCUUUGGUUCUAUUUGAUGAGUUUGAAAAAGCACAUAAAGAAGUUAGCAAUUUACUCUUACAAAUUUUGGAUGAUGGUCAUAUCACAGAUAGUCAAGGUAGGAAAAUAGAUUUCAGAAAUACAAUGGUAAUCCUAACAAGUAAUUUGGGUGCAGAAAUUUUAGCAAAUUUACCUGAUAAUACACCUUCAGCAACAGCUAGAGAAGAGGUAAUGGGUGUAGUUCGUUCACGUUUCCCACCAGAAUUUUUAAAUAGAAUCGAUGAUAUGAUCCUUUUCAAUCGUUUAUCUCGUAAAGAUAUGGAUAAAAUCGUUGAAAUUCAAUUAGAUGAUCUCAGAAAAUUACUCACUGAAAAACAUAUAGCUCUCAAUGUUAAAGAAGAUGGUCUCGAUUGGUUGGCCGAUCAAGGUUAUGAUCCAAUCUAUGGUGCUCGUCCAUUAAAACGUGUUAUUCAAAAAACUCUAUUAAAUCCAAUGGCAAAACAAAUACUUGAAGGUAAAAUUAAAGAUCAUCAAGUUGUUACAAUUUCUGCUGAUAAAUCAAAAGAUGAAUUAAAAAUUACAAGUCAAUAA